AUGGCGGCUGACAUCUUGGCUAUUCUUGUAACUACAGUGGCAUCUGAGGCCACAUUUAGUGCCGGAACUCGAGUUAUUGAUAGCUAUCAUGCUUCCCUUCAUCCAGAUACGGUUCAAGUGUUGUUGUGUGCAGGGGACUGGUGUAGAAAGCUUCACGGGAUCUCAAAGAAAGUGAAACUUGAGCAGCUGAAGGAAGAUGUCAGAACAGAAAUUCGUGCAACUGCCAGUAAUCCUGCACAACAGCUGCAAUUGAUUGAUGCGAUUCAACGACUAGGUGUAGAAUAUCAUUUUCAAGAGGAGAUCAAUCAUGCUUUACGCAAAAUGCAUGAGAAACAUCAGAACUGGGAGAACAUUGACCACAUUUAUACUGCUGCUCUCUAUUUUCGUAUUCUACGACAAGAAGGAUUCAGAGUUUCAUCAGGUUUGGUUAAUGAUGUGCCGGGCAUUCUUGCACUUUAUGAAGCAACUCAUCUCAGAUUGCAUGGCGACGACAUUUUAGAUCAUGCUUUGGCUUUUAGUAGUAAUCAUCUUCAGUCAAUAUCGAACAAGUUAAACAGUCCACUUGACGAGCUAUGGAAAGAAGUGGACUUUGAAAGAAAGCUUCCAUUUGCUAGAGAUCGAAUUGUUGAGGGCUAUUUCUGGAUCGUGGGAGUGUAUUUUGAGCCUGAAUAUGGUCUUGCUAGAAAGAUUCUAUCAAAAGUAAUAGCAAUGGAAACCGUAAUUGCUGAUGUCUAUGAUGCUUACGGGACUUACAAAGAACUUGAAAUCUUCACAGAAGCAAUCGAAAGAUGGGAUGUUGGCUGCAUAAAACAACUCCCAGAUUACAAGAAGAUUUGUUACCAAACACUCUUAGAUGUGUUUGUAGAAAUUGAGCAAGUGAUGGCCAAAAAAAGAAGAUCAUAUCGAUCAUAUUAUGCGAAGGAAGCAAUAUGA